AUGGCUUCAAUGGAGUCGGCACUGGCAGCAAUCGAAUCCAUAAAGCCUGGAGAACGGUUUAGCUAUGCUAAAAUCGCUGAGCAGUAUGGUGUAAGCCGUACGACGUUGUCUAGAAGACAUCGGGGUGUUCAGGGCUCAAAAAAGGCACAAUAUGCAAAACAGCAGCUGCUCAACCCCCAACAGGAGGAUGAGCUUAUAAAAUACAUCGACAAGCAGUCCGAGAAAGGCCUAGCGGCAUCCAGGCAGAUGAUCGAGAACUUUGCUCGAGAGAGUGCUCAAAAAGAGCCAGGAGCAAACUGGGUUUCGCGCUUUCAAAGGAGACAUCAGAGCAAGUUUAUGAGUGUCUGUACAACCGGCAGUGAUUCUUCACACAGGGAGGACGAGACUACCUUUAAGUACUCACAAUAUUUUGCUUUAUUAAGGCGGAAAUUGGAUGAAUACAAAGUCCAACCAGAGGAUACCUACAACGUGGAUGAGAAGGAGUUUCUUAUUGGAAUCGGCUCUAAAAACAAGAGAAUCUUCUCCAAGGAGAGCCAUGAAAUCGGGAGCUUCAAAAAGCAUCUUCACGAUGGUGACUGUGAAAGGAUAACUGCAAUUCCCUGUAUUUGCGCAGACGGAAGCAAGCUGCCUCCUGGCCUGGUCUAUCAGUCUGCUUCAAGCAAAAUACAAGAUACAUGGCUUCAAGACUUCAAUCCUGAGUAUCACAAUUGCUUCUUUACAUCCUCCCCUUCUGGAUGGACCAAUGACGAUGUGUGUUUGGCAUGGCUUCGGGAUGUUUUCGACAGGGAGACGAAGCCAAAGGCAAGGGGCCGCUGGAGGCUCUUGUUGCUAGAUGGUUAUGGUUCAUUUGUCACAAUGAAGUUCCUUGACUACUGUGAAGAGAAUAAGAUUCUCCUGGCUACAUAUCCUCCUCAUUCAACACAUACAUUGCAGCCUCUUGAUGUUGGCAUCAUCUCUCCUUUAUCCGAGGCGUAUGAUGAUGAAGUAGAGGCAUUUCUGCAUGCAUCUCAAGGCCUCAAUGCUGUUACAGAACGAGAAUUCUUCGGACUGUUCUGUAAGGCCUGGAAUAAGGCUGUAUCUCAAGCCAAUGUUGAGAACUCAUGGAGAGCAACUGGAUUAGUGCCCUGGAAUCCUGAUGUUGUUCUGGCUCGUUUUAAGGAGAAUGCAGCACAAAAAACUUCACCUAGUGAGUCUACACGAGCUAUAUUGCGAGGGGAAGACUGGAGAAAUAUUGAGAGGCUUCUCAAGCAGGCGAAUGUUGACGUUCAGAAUGAAAAUACUGAGAAGUUGAGCCUUACAAUCCAUCACCUUUCUACGGAGAAAAUCAUGCUGAAGGCGCGCUGCAAAGACCUUGAGGAUGCGCUAGCAAAUGAGAAAAAGAAACAGAAACGAGGAGAGUCUCCUAUAUUCCAGUCACAGGCCGCAGAGAGUGGUAAUACAGUCUUCUAUUCUCCUAGGAAGACCCAGCAGGCGCGUAACCUGCAAAAGGAGAAAGAUAAGGCUAUACAGCAAGCUGAAGCUGCAAAAGAGAAAGCCAAGCUACGAGGACAGCAAGACAAAGAAGAGAAGCAGCAAAAUGCUAAGAAGAGGAGGAGGAGGAGGAGGAUCAAAGCCUCAGGAAAACAGAUUCGAUUGCAAGAAGAAGAGGAGAAAAAGCGCCAGAGAAAACACCAGAACGAGGAGACUUGGAUAGCCGAAGAGUCAGAAAUACAGCCUCAAGAUGAUAUUGUGACUGCUAAAGAAGGCAAGCCCAAGUCCCCCGCAGCUCCAAAGCGCCCAAAAAAGCAGAAUCCCUCUCCCAAACACUUGAUGCUCCCAAAGGGCGUCACCGCCAUCAAAGGGUUAUUGAGAAGGGAAUAUUAUCGAGUGUCAUGUGUCGUCUAA